AUGACGUCAAACAAUAUCUAUAGAGUUGGAGACUGUGUAUAUUUCGAAGAAUCUGCUUCUGCUCCCUAUCAAAUUCGACGGAUCGAAGAACUUGACAAAGUUAGUGGCAAUGAAGUGGAUGUGAAAGUAAGAUGUUUUUAUCGCCGGCGGGAUCUUCCUUCGGAUCUCAGUGAACUUCAUCCACAAAAUUUAUUCGUUGAUGGGCUGUCGGAUGCUCAGAUUCAUCAGCUUAGUCAACGUGAACUCUUUGUUUCCCAGCAUGUUGAAAUGCUCCAGGCUACACACAUUCGAGGAAAGUGUAGUGUGAACAUGCACGAUGAUGUUGCGGAAGAAAGCUUACAAACUUUGCUUGACAGGGAGGACACUUUCUUUUAUCAGCUGUCUUAUGACCCUGUGAAGAAGACUCUACAAGCCGAAAAAGGGUGCAUCCGUGUUGGGAGUGACUUUCAGGCAACUAUCCCCGAUCUUAUUGAUCCUAACCAAGUUAACGCCAAUCACAAGGAGCAUGACCGAGAAACUCGAAUGUGGUCACCUCCGUCUUCGUCUGUCCUUUCUACCUCUGAUAUCGACGCGUAUCUCACAAUGUGCAAAUCACUAGCCACGUUGGCGCGUGCCAACUAUGCUCCCUCGUCCCUACGUCACCCUAGUCUCAUCUCUUCUGCCGCCUGUGCCUCUCGCGAUACUACUCACCAGCUGGCUAUGGAUACCCUGCAAGAGGCGGGACAUUCCAUUCCGAAGGCCCUGAAGGUUCUUGCUCCCCCAGAUCAGGCUCCAAUUCUACGGCUAGAUGAGAUGGAGAAGUGGUCCAUUACUGAGGGCAACCUCUUCCAACAGGGCCUUCAAAAAUUCGACAAGUCUUUUCGUGAGAUACAGAAGGCGAUGCUUCCUUGGAAAUCUCUCGAGAGCCUGGUCGGUUUCUACUACAUGUGGAAGACAACGGAUCACUACUUACAGCAGAAGCGAGCCAAGGGCAUGGAUGAGUCAGAGCGUCGCCUGAAGCAGAUUUACAUUAGCAAUUACAGCAAGCCCAAUCAGUCUGUACUGUAUCCUCCCGGUCGCGCUGAUGCUCCCAAUGCAUGCGAAGGCUGUGAGGUCAGCACAGCUCCCCAAUGGUAUGCUCUCGGAGCUUCACCAAACGUCCUCAAGGUCUGCUCUAACUGCUGGUCCUAUUGGAAGCGGUAUGGCGAUCUCAAACAUAUUUCCGUCUUUGAUAAGUUGGGUCCACUGAAUAUGGUAUACAAGUGUCCAGUACAGACUUGUGAUGAAGAAUUUGAUGAGAAAAUAAACUUAGUUCUCCACCUUGAUGCCAGGCACCCACAGUAUGGUAGUGCUUGUGCCAAUCAGGUCCAGCCGACACCUUCCACUCGGGUUAUCAAAUGUCCUACUGUCAGUCGUAACGCCAAUUUCUUUUUCCUCUCUUCUCCAAAUCUGCGCUUCUCACGUCGAAUGGAGACGGGACGACAAUGUAGGCAGCGUGCCCGGCGCCCCUUUAAGCCCAUUAUGCUGGAGAUGGCAGUGCUGAAGGCCCUGUUGGUCUCACGCCUUGCCGCUCACCCCAAUCUCCUCACACGGCUAGCUGCUAUUGUCUACGGAAAGAAAGUGAGGCUUUCUAAGGAUGCAGCUGCAGAGCGUUUGCUGUCCUUCGUUAAGAAAAUCACGCCUUUUAAUGAGAUUGAAUUCAUCGCUAGUAAAAGAGGUAAAAUCCAUUGUUCUCUAAUUUUGCUCAAAAAUCCAUCGUAUUUGGAUCCUUCAGGCUUUGCAGUGACAAAUUAUUCGAACUGCUCUUCCACACCAUUAGUGGCAGUCGAUGGAAAAAGUGAUACCAACCUUCUCCCCUCCAACUCCAUUCUCAAUACUGCCGUGCCUCCGACAAACUCCAGGGCCGAGACUCUAAUGUUUCAUGCGACCAAAAAUCUCAAGAGAAAACGUCGGGAAGUUAUUUCCUCAAAGGAUUUACACCGACUUUGUCGUCGACCUUGGUCAACUGAAGUCAUCACCAAUGACUUGAAUUCAAGGCCAAACGAAAAUAAUGCGAAGCUUCAGUAA